AUGGCUGCGUUGAAAAACUCCCUCCUCUUCCUCCUGGCAGCCAACGCCGGUGCUGCUGUUGCUCAGAACUUCUCCUCUCCAGCAGCGGCAUGCCAGUUCUUCAGCCAGAACUACCCCAAUAUAACUUCGUUCCCGAACCAGACGACAUACAACGAUAUCAAUGAGGCCUACUGGUCCGCUGCAGCCGCACUUGGUCCAGCUUGUAUCUUCUCUCCCACCUCGUCCGAUCUCAUGAGCGCUGCGGUCAAGGCGCUGGUUAAGUUCAACGCUCCGUUCGCGAUCAAGGGCGGUGGGCACAUGGCGAUCGCUGGCGCAGCCAACAUCGAUUCGUCCGGCGUACUCCUAUCCAGCUCAAACUUGAACCAGCUCGAGCUCUCCGAAGACAAGUCCAGUGUUGCCGUGGGUCCUGGAAACAGAUGGGGGGACGUUUUCGAAUACUUGGAGCCGCACGGUUUGGCUGUAGUUGGAGGGCGGAUGAGCAUCGUCGGCGUGCCUGGCCUCCUGAUGGGCGGUGGCAUUUCCAACUUCGGCAACGAGUUCGGCUGGGCGUCGUCCAACAUUGAUGCCUACACCUGUGUCCUCAGCGACGGUGACGUCGUCGUGGCCAAUGCGACCAACGAAUACGCCGACCUCUUCUGGGCGUUGCGCGGCGGCGGCAACUCGUUCUGCCUGAUCACCAGCUUUCAGAUGCGCACCAUCGAAGUCCCUGUCAUGACAGCGGGCCAGCGCGCCUACGGCUCCGGAGAUACCGUUGGGCGCGCCUUUCUCGACAGCGUCUACGAGAUGACCAUCAACCCGACGCCCGACGUCAAAGGCGCCUUGACGCCCAUCGCCCGCGCCGGCGACUCGAUCAACGGAACGACAUACAACGCCAUGUUCUACUACAACGGCAACAACACCACGCCUGAUUUCUUCGCCAACUUCUCCGAGCCCGUCCUGACCCCCGAGCAGGAUACGUACGCCGUGAUGUCCGGCAUGGGCGCCGCGAGCAAGGCCAUGAGCGAGGGAACGGACCAGGUUGAAGGCUUGCGCGAGGGCUGGUGGGUUGUGUCCAUCGUCGCCAACCGCGAGGCCAUGCAGAUCAUCCAUGACACCUAUUUCGCCGUGGCUGCCGAGUACUUUGCCGACGUCGAGGGCUGGAUCACCGGUUUGGCGUACAACAUUAUUUCCAAGGAGUUCGUCGUCGCUGGCAUCACCAACGGUGGCGACCCCAUGGGCCUCGACCCGAACGCUGCGCCCUACUUUUGGGUCGAGGAGAGCAUGACCUGGACCCACGCCGAGGACGACGCUACGGUUCAGGCUUUCUACGAGGCUGUGAACAAGAACAUCACUGCCCAACUCGAACCGCUCGGCGUGCUCCACAACUACUUGUAUCUGAAUGAUGUCAACCAAGCGCAGGACGUGUUUGCUGGCUACCCCAAGAGCAGCGUUCAGCUAUUGAAGAUGAUCAGAGACAAGUACGAUCCGGACAUGGUCUUUACCAAGCAGAUGCCGGGUGGUUUCAAGGUGGCGAACGCCCAGUGA